AACACCUAAAAUGUGUAACUCGAUUUCCGUCGUUUGAGUCAAGAUGGCAGCCUCCUUGGUCAGGUUAGUCCGUGGAGGAUUGUACAAAAGCUUGAACGUAGCCAGUCGUGCUGCACUGAUCCAGACACGGUCUGAAGCAGUAACAACUGACACGAGACCUACCAUCAGGCCUAAGGAUGCAGCCACUCAUAACCAGCUCUCCCAGUUUGGAGAAUAUGUUGCUGAGAUUCUUCCCAAAUAUGUGCAACAUGUUCAGGUUACCUGCUACAAUGAGCUGGAAGUAAUGAUUCACCCGGAGGGAAUCGUACCUGUCCUGACCUUCCUUCGGGAUCACACCAACGCCCAGUUCCGCAACAUGACUGACCUCACAGCAGUGGAUGUCCCCACUAGGCAAAACCGCUUUGAGAUUGUGUACAAUCUACUGUCCUUGCGCUUUAACUCUCGUAUCCGAGUGAAGACCUACACGGAUGAGCUGACCCCUGUUGACUCUGCCGUCCCUGUCCAUCAGGUUGCUAACUGGUAUGAGAGGGAGGUGUGGGACAUGUUUGGAGUUUUCUUUGCAAAUCAUCCAGACCUGAGACGCAUCCUGACAGAUUAUGGUUUCGAAGGCCAUCCAUUCAGAAAAGACUUCCCUCUUUCUGGAUAUGUGGAGGUGCGCUAUGACGAUGAGUUAAAGCGGAUUGUGGCAGAGCCGGUGGAGUUUGCACAAGAGUUCCGGAAGUUUGACCUAAACAGUCCAUGGGAGGCAUUCCCGGCGUACAGGGAGUCCAAAGAAGCAGCCAAGAUGGAGGCUGGGGACAAACCUGCAAAAUAGCACCCUUUCAGCUCUGCUCUGCAGGAAAAAGCCACACGCUCGCAUGCACAUCCCCCCUGGGGAUGCCUGCCACCAUAUUUAUGUAAAUAUGACACCAUGUAUUGAUGUUGGUUGUUUACUAUUUAGUUGGGAGACACCCAUAGCAUCUUAAUAAACAGUUUAAAAAAAA